UUUAGUUUCCGUAUUAGGUUACAGGUACCGAUAGAACUAGGACGUUCACCAGGCGGCGCUACCAUCGUCGGCGACGGCUGCCGCCCUUCACCUGGCGCGACGAUGAGUGCUUUGUGUGUGUCGUCGACCUCCUCGUCUGCCCGCCUGCCGAACGUAAACAGCUGUUAGACUCGGUGUUCCUGUGCUGCUGCUGCUGCUACGACUAAAGCUGUCCCUGUUACUCCUGCCGCAACUGAAGCGACCUGCUGCUGUUGCUGCUGCUGGUACGGGCUCAUUGCUGCGUUGCUGCACUAACAGCGACCCUGUCUAGCGACGCAGAACAGAGAGAAAACACUUGGCAGUAGUCGUCACGCUACGUACAGCAUAGCCGCGAUCGCAGUCUGGUUUGAUGGCCAGCUAACAGCAAUCGGUCAGUGCGCAGUGGGAUUUGCUUUACUUCUGUGUGUUUGGCCUGUUUGAUUAAGUGCAUUAUUGAUUUGCUGAUUGCGUCGAUAGUCUGAUCGGGUAUUGAGCCUAUAGUGAAGUGUUCUGCAGUCCCCAGUCGAUGGUGAACGUGUCGACGUGUACUUCACUUGAGAGUUCGCGCGCGGCGGCGGCGGCGGCGGCGGCGGCAGCAGCAGCAGCAGCAGCAGCAGCAGUAGCAGCAGCGGCGGGAAACCCAUACGGAGAUAAACGAAGCAGAACCCCGGAGAUAUGUAUAGAUUUUUUGUAACAAUAAAUGACGAUUGAAUGCAGUCACACUCCGUUUAGUACGACAUCGGAUCGGUAACGAGUGGAAGCCUUUCGUGGGGGAGAGGCAUCGUAGUUGGCGGGAUCUAAUGUUGACGAAUACUUUCACAGCUGCUACUUCUGUCUCCACUGUUCGUGUUGUAUAGAUACUACGAAGCAUUUUAGUUGCUGCCAACAAUGGCUUCUCGUAAUAGUUUCGUGCGGUGUUUAUAGUAAAAGAAAUAUCAUAACAGUGCAGUCUGAUCGAGCAACGAAAACCAGCUGAGUUUUCGUGAAUUGGUUGCGGAUAACUGCGUUGUGUGUGUGCUUGUAUGUGUGUGUUUUUGGACCUGUGUUCUGGGUAUUACUCAGUUCGUCGUUCCAUAUAUGGCGCAAGUUCGGAAGGUGAUGUCCUCGAAAGGUGAAACCAGGCUAGAACAGCAACGGUCUAAGACGCCUCAGUACUGUCACCUUUGUGGCCAUCAGCAGAACUUGAAGCGGUGUGCCGCCUGUAAAAAUGCGUGGUACUGUUGUAAGGAACAUCAGGUCACUCAUUGGGCUGCCCAUAAGCAUGUUUGCAGAUCUUAUCAACAACAGCAGCCGGACCCACAACAACAGAAAUCCGUACCUCACAGCCCACUUACUCCUCCGGAAGAAACGCCCAGCGAGAUAUCGCCACCACACGGCAUCCAGUCACAAGCAGCGUCACAACAAGCCCAAAAUGUCACCGAACCGUUCGUGGGUGACGCAGAGUUGCAGUCCCUUGUUGACGAGCUCUGCUCAAGCCAAAACGAAUGGAUUGACUCGUUCGACUUCCCACAGCAACAGCAACAGCAACAGCAUCUGGACCAACAGCAACAAAGUCAACUUCAAGGUCAACAACUAUUUCAACAGCAUCAGAUACACAACCCGAUUACGCAACCCGGAAUUGAUUGGCUCGAGAAUGUUAAGAAGCAGGUUAUUACUGACAUGAAUCGUUUUGGAGUAUGUGUCGUGAACAAUUUUCUUGGACCAGUGAGAGCCAAUGAAAUCUAUGAAGAGACUGUACAGCUGUACCAGCAAAAGGACCUAUUUCACCAAGGACAAGUUGUUAAUGCGGCUGGCAACGAAGGAGUUCUUGUUCGUGGUGACCAUAUCGCCUGGUUAGAUGGAAGCGAAACGUAUUGUUCGAGCAUUCGAUUUUUAAUCAGAUCGUUGGAUUCAGUCGUCGCCCGGUGUAGGUAUCAAGGAGAGUCGACCGGUGAGUUCGGCCAAUAUCGAAUCACACAGCGAACAAAAGCGAUGUUGGCCUGCUACCCAGGAGGUGGAACUAGGUAUUACAAGCAUGUGGACAAUCCAAAUUUCGACGGACGUAGGAUAACCUGCAUUUACUACAUAAAUAAGGGGUGGAAUGCACAACGAGAUGGAGGCGUUCUGCGGAUAUACCCAGAAACUGAUCGAACCCAUGUUGCCAGCGUCGAACCUAAUCUCGAUAGACUUGUGAUGUUUUGGUCAGACAGACGAAAUCCGCAUGAGGUGCUUCCGUCCGAACGUAUUCGCUUCGCUUUAACUGUGUGGUACUUUGACGACAACGAGCUCGAAAUGCCGAAGUGUCUCAAUGGUGGGGCGCCAAAUCCAACGAGUCAUUCCAACCGAUUUCAACCACUUACCCCUUUCACUUAUGACAGUGCGCCGACAACGAUAGCCCCUUCAAUCGAUCCACAACAACAACGACAAAUUUAGCACUACCAGGUCCAGCAAAUUAGGCUUAACCAACAAUAACAGCAACAACAAAUGUCACAGCUCUUAACAUUAGCAGAUGCUUGUUCAAAUCGUCAGUAUAAUAAAUAUACAAGGAGAACGAGACCGAUCGGAACAGUUACAUAUUAUAAUUGCUUACCUUUUUGAAGGAUGACAAUUCCUGGAAGAACUGGCCACGCAGUACGAUUGGCUAGUGAAUUAAAUCUCAAGUUGACGAAAAAGAUGACGAAAGACUGUUCCAGAUACAAGGAAAAGUGAGGCAAUGCGGAAUAAAUGAGUGAGCCGCUUUUACAGACGCCACCUCUUAAAGCGUCGGCUAAAAACGAUGAUAGUUAAAAAGAACAAUUGACGUUGCGCCGUUCGCUUCACGGAAAGCUACCAAAUGGAUAUCUUAAAAUAUCAAUAAUUUAUGGGGAUGGCACAAGAAAACAACUUUGAUUAAUUUUCGAUGCUAUGACGCAAAAUUCGGUCAGCGUGUUCGCUCCUAUUCAGAGGACAUUAUUUAAACACCUGAGUGUAUGUACAUUCGUUUAAAAAAAAAUAAAAAAAAAAAAAGAAGGACACGUAAACGUUUACAAAAACGCUGAACCCGGAAAAAUGAGCGCCACCUCGUUCUCCGCGUGCUAGCUAAUAGAGACGGUAGUAAGGAAAAAACAUUCGUACGAAUUAAAAAUAAAAAUGCUAGGUCACAUAGCUGGAAACAUUUUUCACA